UUUACAGUGGCAACAAGGAAGUUACACGUGGAACAACACACGUAGUUAUUUUAGCCGUGGUACUCAUUUUUGUCACUAUAUAUAUUUUAAUUUGUGUGUUAAAAUGUGCUUACUAUACCUAGUAAUCCGGACUGACGCUUUGUGUGUUAAGACCAAGGAGAAAGAGAAAGAUUCACCUUUCACAGACCAACUUGUUCAAAAUGUGUGCAAUGCUUGUUGAAUCGCCCCUCGCUGCUGUCACUCCACUUUCAAACGUCAAGUGUGGUAAAAGAGAGACACAAUCACGUUCAUGUGAAAACGACAAGGAAGACUUGCCUUUGUUUUUGGCUUCUAUACAAAAUUUGCUCGUCAAGUACAAGAUGUACAGCAAGUCACAAAAUGUGCCUGUGGCCUCCGGAGGGUUACAGCAGUUCGUCACUCAAAAGUUGAAGAAGCAAUCAGAGGGCUCCAACUUCAGCUUGAUGAAAAGUUUGCGGGCUCUUUAUGGCAGAAGUGAAUCUGUCACUCUGCCAGUUGACGAAAAUGAAAAUGGUGAAAUAGCCUUUUUUCAGUAUUUACCGGUUGAUCUGAAACUCUACAUCUUCUCAUUUCUUGAUGCUAAAGCCCUCUGCAUGGCAUGUUGUGUCUGCCAAGAGUGGAGUCAGCUUACAUGUGAUGAGCUCUUGUGGCAACACCGGCUUCAAUGUGACUUGAAAAUGUGGCCCUUGAUCUCUCAUGUUACAAAUCCUCAAAUGUACUCGGACGUUGAAUGUGAAUGGUCAACUAAGGAAAUAUACCUGAGAUGUUCACCUGAUUUUCAUAAACAGCUGCAUCAAGCUAAUUCCACCUUCCACCAUGUGUCUUCUGUUUUGAAAUAUUUGAUGCCUAAAAAAGUUCCUAAGGCAGCUAUGUUUGGACCUGGUCUGGAACAGUCGACAAGUGGUCUUGUCCGGAAAAUGCUUUAUGAGGAUAAUCAGAUAUUCACUCGAGUUGCUAUGUUCCCAGGACAGUUUGAUGGUGUUGGUGGAGGAAUGACAUUAAGGCUUGGCUCGGGGCACUCUGUGCAUCUCUCAGUUCUGUACUCGGCUUCAAAACAGGAGAGGGAAAACCAUGCUGCUGAAGAUAGACUGCGACGCAACAAAAUGCUGCUGAGGUUGCCAGAUGGUGCAGAGGGAGAUGGUGAGAGUGAACCGCAAUAUGAGCUGACGCCUCAGAUAAAGCAUCUGUGUCAAACACUUGACGCUUUUAUAUUUGUCAUUGAUUCAUCAGAGUCAAAGGAAGCAAUCACGAAUGGCAGACUGGAGUUGAAUGCUAUGAUAAGAGAGAGAAAGUCAGCACCACAUAUCCCACUGCUAGUCCUGUCAUGUGUGAAGGAUGCGAGUAAGCCGAGACUCCCAGCUUGUGAAAUCAUCGAUUUGCUACGACUGUCAUCUAUAUCUCAACCCUGGCUGGUGAUUGACUGCAUUACUGACACUCUUGCAUCUGUCGAUGAGGGAAUAAUUUGGUUGGUUGAUCAAGCGCGGUAUAAAUAGUAUCUCAUCCAUAACAAACUAAAAAACUGAAAAUGUACGAAAGUAGCACUAAUGACAGCAUGCCCUCAGACUGAAAGGCCGAAGCAAGCGGAGCUGGGCAUGCCUUUUUGCUCCAAACCAAUCUCCUAUCAACAGUGCUCUUGUGUAGAUUGUGAUCUGAGCUUCAACUGUGAAGAAACUUCCUCAGCCCUCUAAGUCUUAGCUGUCAGAGUAUUGUGCCAAUGAGAUCACAAUCUGGUUGUUAUGUGGUUUCUUGGACAGAGCUCAUUGUCCUUUUCACAGUGUUUUAAUUGUACAUUCUCCAAAUCAAGUUGGACUGUGGCUGUGAUACAGAAAUGUAUAUAUAUUUUAUGUGUGUAAACACCCUUUUUUUCCCCCCUCUUUUCAUCUUUUCAGAUUGAUUUUAACAACCUUCUGUUGACCAUGCUCUUUCACACAAUGUCAAGACUUUUUACUGAACAACGUUAUUAUUACAAGACUGAACUAAUAUUAAUUGUUUUAAUUCCCAGAUCUCAUCGUUACUAGAAUACUCAUAAUUAGAUAGAAAUUAAGAGUAGUUGCUUUAAUUAUUCCAUGAAAAUAAAACUUUGGGGGUGGCAACGAUGAUAGACAUUAAGUGCAGGCAAAUGAUAAACCUAUGGCAGCAUUAUAUACUCUUGAUAUUGUCUACAUUCCGCAACUAAAUUUUUACUCCAAAGUUCCUAAAUAACGGUCUUCAAAACCACACCUUGUGAGACAUUUUUCUUGUGGGAAGAGGACACUUUGGACUGAGGUGUCCAAAUAAAUGUUUGAUAAAAAUGAACAAAUGGUGAACACAAAUAAGAGUGAAAUGCAACAGAUUUGCGGGUUCUAAAUUUUAUUCUUGUGUUAUGCACGUGUAUUGUUUGUUUUUAACACUUUCCACCCACGCAGCGCGCACAAAACACUUGUCCCCACGAACCGGGAUACAGGUGCAGUACAUGCUAUAUCACACCGGCUCCGAUCGGUGUCCCGUGGUGAAAAGGGAUGGCUUCUUAUAGUCACAGGUCGACGUCCUGAGGGGCAAAGUGUUAAAAUGCAUACAUAGUAAUAAAUUCAUACUUACAGAAAAGAUUUCUGCAGCCUUCCGAUUUCAAUAUGUGCGGGAUAGACUAUAUAUUAUGUAUGAUUUUGUUAGAUACAGCAAGGAUACAAACAAAUUGAUUCUGUUGAAUUCUGCGCUCUAAAAAAUAGUGACGAACAGCCUGCAAAUAUGGGUCUGCUAAAUUCUUGAGUCGGUCAAACUAUAGCUGCUACCAGAACGUAUGAGGACAUGGCUUGAGAUGUUUCAAAAACUGCUGAGUAUUGUUAUCUUUUAUUCUGCACAAUUACACUUUUAAGUUACAGCAUCCCUGUUAAUGUAUGGUAUGCAUUGCGAAUCUGUAAGACUAAAUUACUGUAAGCAUGAUCUUACUGUACUUGACAUGUCACUUGGGAGAUUUAAAAAAAAAUGUUUUACUUUGAUUGUUCCUAGGUCUUUCCCACCCAUCUGUUAUUUUCUUUUAUUUUUGGUUCAUUUGAUAAUUGUUCCUGCCUUUGUUUUAUUUGGUAAUUGUUCCUGAUCAGUUUGCCUGAAAAUCAUACUGCACUGAUACUUUAGUUUGUCCGCAGUAAAAGCGGUCUCCUGAAAACAAUUGACUGGUCAAAACAAGGAGUAUAAAUCUUAGAAAUGUACGAUGUGCAAUUUUAAUUAGACAUUGAAACUUGUUUCUCCUUUUGAUUAGCAGCCCUUUGAUAAGUUUUAAUAGCACUCUUGUGCCCUCAAGCUGUGAUAAUUAUAAUUAUGUAGUUUCUGUUUUGCAAACUGUAGCAUACUGAACCUGGGCUUUCCUCUCCUUAACCAAUUGUAAGCCUAUGUAUUAAUUUUGUUUCUUGCUGUUUAAGUUAUUUGUUCUUCUUGCACAUUCAGUUAAGCAUGAGGAAAUGGUGUCAAUAAGUUAAUAAGUCAAUUUCUGAGAAAAGCAUUUGUAUAAACAUUUUUUCCAUGUGAAGUUUCUGUUUAAAACUGCAUAAAUAAAGUAAAUAUGAAACAGUUACUUAUAGCUGGGUACCCAUUCUCACCUGGGUGAAGUGAGAAAAAUUUGUGUAAAGUGACUUUCCCCAAGGACACAUCAUCGGGCCCCUGAAGGGAUUUGAACCCACAACCGAGUCCGAUAGCCUAACCAUAAGGCUAGCAUCUGCCCUCGAUUUUUGGCAUUUUUUUAAAACGCGAAUCGCGGCUGUGAGUUUUUUCAACAACAAAAAAAACAACACUGCGGGGUAUUAAAAAACAACAAAAACGGGGAAUAAAAAUUGAAAAACUAACAAAAAGAAACCGAACCUCUUUACUUUUAGAAAAGAAAGUUUAUUUUCACUUCCGCUUCACGUCGUCUCUUUCUCACCUGUUGACACCAUGUUGAUUUGUUACUUUCCUGUGAAGAAUAUAAGUACAUUACAUUCUAUUUAUAUAUUGCUGUUUCUCUUUAAUUUUUCCCUCUGUUGUGUUUUAAUUUGUUGCUGUGUUAAUUUUUUUGUUAUUGUUCUGAUGUGGGUUAUUAAUUUUUUUCCCCCAUUUAUAUAGUGUAAUGCCAUUUAAUUUAAUGUUGUUCCUACCUUUUUUGAAAUAUAUAAAUGUUAUAUUAGAGCGUGUCUCCACCAAAACCGAAUGCAGACACAGGCUAGCCCCUUGUGUGUGAUUCCAUAAUUUACAUGUAAUAUCUUGUACUUUUUUCUUAAAUUACACAUGAUUAGUAUUCUUCGAAUAGGUGAACACACGCCCUUAUUUGUUAAUUUUUGUGAUUGUUUAUGUGCUGUUCUAAUCUUGAUUUCAUUCUGUUGUGAAACCAUUAUUUUUUCACGUUU